UGUUCCAGGGAGCUGUGGAAUCCAUCGCCAUGAAGAACCCCAAGGAGCGCACGGCCCUGUUUGAGGAGAUCAGCCGCUCGGGGGAGUUGGCGCCGGAGUACGACAAGCGCAAGAAGGAGAUGGUGAAGGCUGAGGAGGACACUCAGUUCAACUACCACCGCAAGAAGAACAUCGCGGCCGAGCGCAAGGAGGCCAAGCAGGAGAAGGAGGAGGCUGAUCGGUACCAGCGGCUGAAGGACGAGGUGGUGCGUGCUCAGGUGCAGCUGCAGCUCUUCAAGCUCUUCCACAACGAGGCUGAGAUCGAGAAGCUCAACAAGGAGUUGGGGCUGAAGAACCGCGAGAUCGACAAGGACAAGAAGAGGAUGGACAGGGUGGAGGAUGAGCUCAAGGACCGCAAGAAGGAGCUGGGCAAGAUGAUGAGGGAGCAGCAGCAGAUCGAGAAGGAGAUCAAGUGA